UGCUGUCCUCAACGCGAGCACCACUGACAACCUCAACAUGAGUUGGCUGAGGCUUGGAGCUGUUCUUCUCCUUCUCGGACUGGCAACGGUGAUUCCUACAGCGAACAAUCACCGGGAACGGCUUGACAGCUUUAGGAUGAUAGGCGCUUUUCCGAAGGUGGUAGCCAUCUACACAUCGACAAAUGAUUCGUCCUUCAAGUGUCUGACUGGCAUACGUACAAGCUUCAACUUGGAAGCCAAGACGGCUACUUAUGUGUGGCCACUCAGAGGUCAUGCUGGUACAGAGAGGAGGACUGUUGUUUUCAACAUUACCGCAGGAAACGUUACUGAUCAGACAACCUAUUUUGUAGAUGGUGACAGUAGUCGGCUCUACACCGGCUACCAUCACUACACCGACUACGAGAACUGCAUGGUUAUGACAGUCAGAUACCACGACCACGAUCACUGUUUGUUAUGGGUCAAGAGGUCUGUGGCAAACGAGGUUCCUCAGAACUGCCUGCAGAACUACGAAGCGAAUUGCGACGUCAGGAUUCCAACCUUCGACAAUGAUCUCUGUCGCGACGAUGAAGAAAACGAGAGUUAGACAAUAAACUUGGAUGUGCAUUCAGGUUAAGCCCUUUAUUUCCGAAAGGUUGAAUAAAUGCGUCUAUGAAAUAAUUGUGCCAGUCAUUCUCUUCAACAGUCCCAGCAAAGAGAAAAUUAUCAGGGAGGGGCA